UUUCAACCUCGUUCCGACGGUUAUAGGUACCAACCGCCCUUCUCUUCCCUCCCGCCAAAAUCGUGCCCCACCGGAGCUGUGAUUGUAACCACGUCCCGGAAAAGUCCGCACUCGAAUAGGAGAAUAAAAAGGGAUCAGCGCCUUGCUAUUCUCUUCGCCCUUCGACAGCCACCACCAGCUCGGACAAUUAGGAUAUAUCCUGCCCUCAACGCGAUAGUCGAGAAGAAAACGUGAUACCCGGUUUUCGAUCGACACCAUUUCAGGAUGCACGCCUCAUCUCUCUUCGUCCUGGCUGCCGGUGCCGUCGCCGCUGCGCAGACCACCACUGCCACGUCUUACCUGACGGCGACGGUCACCAUCACCCGGUGCAACCCGACAAACACCGACUGCCCGCUGUACACGCCGCCCACCAGCUCGGCCGUGCCGACAACAUCGUCGUCGUCGGUCUCGACGCCACCGGCCUACCCCACUGUGCUGACCAGCAGCUCCUCGGUUGCGCCCAAUACCACUACCUCCUCCACCUCCACCUCCUCCUUCAUCUCCUCCACCAUCUUGUACCCCAUCGCCAACUCGACGAGCCAUCUCGGCCCGACCGCGCACUCUAGCGCAUCCUCUUCCGCGGCGCCCCCCACCCAAGUCACGCCGACGUCUGUGGUGGUGCCGACGAGCCAGGGCCCUGCGCCGACCACGCCUAUUCCUACCGUCCCGGCCAGCGGCGCUAGCCUGCUGUCCGUCCGGUCGGGUCUUCUGGCGGCUGCCAUCGGCGUGGGCGCUGCGCUCCUAGCCUAAGCUGGACCUUUGCGCGAGCCAUAUGCGGAGUUGGGAGGGAUUGGGCGGCGUGGAGAGGAGUGACGAUCUGCCCGUCCUGAGGCAUACCUAGCGGACGUCCCGGCGAAAGGACCCAGGCGCCAGGCUGGCCGUGCAUUAACGUCUCAUGCACGGCCUCGGAUCAAGCCGACACCUACGAUAAACGGUUUUCGGGAAGAAAAGCUGGAGGCAGGAGUCGGAGUGCUUAAAAAGACCUUUUUUGAUUCUGAAAUACCCUUUUGAUUCUGUAGGGGAAGGGCAGUUUGGUGCAAGUUUUGGCGGUGUUGCUCGGUUUUGCUUUUUACGUCUUGGAGAGUUUCUCGUCUGAGAAGUCGACUUCGCGCGGGGACCUCGCCUAACUGCUAGAGCUGCGGGAGGGUCCCCUGCCGUUGUCAGCGCCUCUCCUAGAACGCAACGGCU